AUGCACAACAAGGACAACAAGGACAACAAGGACAACAAGGACAACAAGGACAGCAGCAGCAGCCACAAGCACAGCAGCUGCUCACCCCGUACAGAGACGUGCACCAGCGUGCACCACUGCAGCAACUGCACAAUUCUGCUGUGUCGGAUGAGGCUCACGACUCCACGCGAACGCCAGGGCCUGGCGCCUCCAGCCAUCCAGCAGUCAGGAGGUCGUGGUGGUUUUGGCGCGAGCACGAGGGGCGGGCUGAGGCAUGCGUCUGGCGCAGUGUCACCUUCACCACUUCACCCCCGCACACGGCAGCCGCUCGGAGAGAGGCGCGAUCCGCGGGGAGGUGUCAGCAGCCAGCAGCAGCCACAGCACCAGCAGUUGCAGCACCAGCAGGGCGUGGCACCGUCGCUGACGCCACAACUUCACCAGCCACAUCACGACCAUCCCCACGACCACCACGAGCAUCCGCACGCGCAACAUCAUCACCAUGACCACCAUCACCACCACCAUCGGCAGCACCACCGGCGCGAGCAGCACCACACGAGCGCUGUUGGCGGCGGCGGCGGCAGCGGUGACUAUAUUGUCAGCGGCGUGCCGUACAUCAAGCUGGACAAGAUAGGCAAGGGCGGGUCUGGAUUUGUGUUCCGCGUGCUUGAUCCCGAGCGCAAGAUUCGCGCGCUGAAGGAGGUUGACCUUCGCAACCAGGACGCCGCCACGCGCGCAUCGUUCCUGAACGAACAGCACUUGCUAAUGCAGCUGCAAGGCGAGCCACGCAUCAUCAAGUUGUUUGCCGCUGAGAUGGACGAGGAAACCAUGGCGUUUCGCAUGGUCAUGGAGUGUGGCGACGUCGAUCUUGCGCGCAUCUUGCAGGACUUGCACCGGAACCGCAGCGCGAGCGCACCCAAGUACCCUUGCAUCGACGAGAACCACCUGCGCCUGUACAUGCAGCAGAUGCUGGAAGCUGUUGCCUGCAUCCACAAGUACAACAUCGUACACGGCGACCUGAAGCCAGCAAACUUUCUCUCUGUCAAGGGCAACCUCAAACUCAUCGACUUUGGCAUUGCCAGCGGCAUUGAGGAUGGACACACGAGCGUGAUUCGCGACUCGCAAAUCGGCACCCUCAACUACAUGUCACCAGAAGCCAUCAAAGCGGAAGAGCGAGGAGGCGACACCGCACGCAGGCGAUUGCGAGUUGGGCCCGCCAGUGAUGUAUGGUCGCUCGGGUGCAUUGCCUAUCUCAUGGUAUAUGGCAAGACACCUUUCCAGGACCUUGGUCUCUACGAGAAACUGACCAAGAUCCCCGACUCGAGCUACGAGAUUCGCUACAAGCCCGUGGCAAACCAGGCGCUGAUGUCGCUGAUGAAGGCAUGCUUGCAGCGUGACCCACGGCAGCGACCAACCGUUGAGCAGCUGUUGCAGCACAAGUUCCUCAACCCAGACACGUCAUCGUAUGCACAGGGCGAGGGUGUGGCGCAGACGCCCAAGCGUGCGACCCUCAAUGUGUUCUCUGAUGCAGCCACCCCAGCCACAGCUUCGCAGAAGAAGCACCGCCGCCCGCUUGGCGAGAUGACAAACUCCAACGCCCGCCGCCAGCCCCUCAUCCCAGCAUCCCCGAUUGCAUUUUCGUAA